GCAGCAUCAGCGGCUCGUGCCCAUCACGAAGACUCGAAGCCGUAAAAUCGCCGCCCCAUUCCGUCGAGCAUCUUCACCAACCGAGCACCGAAGUCCUGUCAUUCUGUCCUCCGGCGUCCGUGGUCGGCCCCCCUCGUCCUCCUCCUCAAAAUGUCCGUGGGUAAUGACUUUGGGAACCCUCUAAGAAAAUUCAAACUCGUCUUCCUCGGGGAGCAGAGCGUUGGAAAGACAUCUCUGAUCACACGGUUCAUGUAUGACAGCUUUGACAACACAUAUCAGGCCACAAUUGGAAUCGACUUCCUGUCCAAAACAAUGUACUUGGAAGAUCGAACGCGUUCUCUCUCUGAACCCCAGGUGAGGUUGCAGCUUUGGGACACAGCAGGACAAGAGCGCUUCAGAAGCCUCAUCCCCAGUUAUAUACGGGACUCCACCGUGGCCGUGGUGGUCUACGACAUUACAAAUGUCAAUUCCUUCCAGCAGACAUCGAAAUGGAUCGACGACGUGAGAACAGAAAGAGGAAGUGAUGUCAUCAUCAUGCUUGUUGGCAAUAAAACAGACUUGGCAGACAAGAGGCAAAUUACAAUCGAGGAAGGCGAGCAGAGGGCUAAAGAGCUGAGCGUCAUGUUCAUCGAGACCAGCGCCAAGACGGGCUACAAUGUCAAACAGCUGUUCCGGCGCGUGGCGGCUGCUCUCCCAGGGAUGGAAAGUAUGCAGGAAACCAGCAAAGAGGGGAUGAUCGACAUAAAGUUGGACAAACCCCAGGAGCCCCAGACCACUGAAAGCGGCUGCUCCUGUUAGUGCUCAUGGUUCCUCCAUGGAUCUCCAUCAUCGAAGCUUUGUUACGUUGCUUCCCAUUGGUUAACCCCGCUGUUGACUUUGCACGUUGAGAUCCCGGUUUCCUCACCUGACCACUGAUCAUCGGUUGGAACUAGCAAUAUGUAAAAUUGGGUCUACUUUAACAAAAAUGCCACACAAAAAAGUAAAGAAAAAGUUGUACGACUUGGUAAAACUUCCCCCCUACUCCUAUGGGAGAACAAAAUCUACUCUCAGAGUAGAUUUUGUUCUCCCAUGUGGAAAAGUGAAAAGCUUUCGUUUUUUCCAUAUUUUUGUAUUACAAGGUGGAUCCCUCCGGAAGUGUUUUUUCUUUAUCUACUUUAGGAAAACAACAUGUCUGAGAGCCUGAAGAACAGACCAGACCGUAUUGUGUGCGACAACAAUUGUGGGCAAUCGCAAAAAAAAUACGUUUUCAGCUUUGUUAUCAUCGACUAUUCUUCAGUAUCUCAGAACUAAGUACAGAACAGCCAAUCACAGCCUUCCUGCCUGUAGCCCUGCUGUUAUCCUCAUAUUUGUAUUUCAGACGUUACGGAUCAAUCCGAGCUGUAAAGUCCAGAGUAUGUAAUGCAUGCCUAGUUGUAAAGCAUAGGUACUGUCUACCUGUGUACACGAGUUUGAAAAAUGUAAUAUUCCACCAGUGACUUGAUUGCACAGCGUUCUAAGAGCUGGGUUUGUAUACUUGACUUCUGACGACCUUUUGAUUUUAUUUUUUUUUGCCAUGUGUGUGUGUAAAUUUGUGCUUUCUGUAUGGACGGCAUUAGAACGCAGUUCCACUGAGGGCCACUGCCACGUCACUUCACUCCCGCCACAUUCCAGCUCUCUUUAAGGACACCUUCGGUCUGUAUGUCACGGACUGUGCCCGUUCAGCUGCUGUCACACUGUGGGAGCAUUAUGUGUUUAAUGAUGAUCUGUGUAUGCAGAUUGCUGUGAACGAGCAGCGAAGAGUCCAACCCUCUGCCGUGUGCCCUUUGAGCAGACGGACCAACUACACCCUUAAAACGUCGUUCUUCUGUUUCCUCACCGACUAAAAACUAAUUUGCACAUGUAGACCUUUCAGGUUAUUAUGAAGUUGGGGGAUGCUUCAUUCUAAUUGUACAGUCGCUUAAUUCAAAGACGUGUCUGAUCGUUAAAGAAACUGUCGCAUAACUUGUUUCCAUGUCUGUUUUUUUCUGCUUGUGUUUGAGCUGAAUGAAAAUGUUGACAUUAUGGACUAUUCCUUUCCGCCUUCGGGGCCAGUUAUCAUAACGUUCUGGUGGUGAAGUCGGCCAGUGCUAAGAACACUACUUCGAUUUGAUGUGUCUUCGAUGUGAAGUCUUUACAGCACUUUUGCAGAAUGUGUUUUAGAUAUAGAGCGAAAAUGUAAACCGUUAAAAGGAAAUGUUCAUUGUUAAUUUCCAUACAAUUUGGAGUAGUGUGUCCUAGAGUAGAAGCGUUGGUUUGGGAAUUGUUUUCACACAUCUAUAUAUGGAGCACACUUCUAAAACAAACUCUAACCAACAUAAUGAACCAAAUAGUAAAACAGCUGGUUAAAAUAUCACAGGAAACGUUCACCAGAAUACAAACAUACCAAAAUAAAGUGCCAUUGGACUUCCCUCGACAUGCUAAGAGGGAGCUCUGUGUGGGUCCAUUUUGCAACAAAAUGUUCUUGGUUCCUGGUAAGAAAAGCACUCUAACAAAUAACUCUAGAGUAUUUGUUUUUCAGAUUGAAUUUUGGAGACACUCCAUUGUAUUUAAAUCCUGAAUAUGGCAGAGUCCACCUUUAUUUGUUGACGGCCCAUUUCAACAUUCCACAGAGAUGGACUGAGGGGCGUAAAUGGGAUCUUUGCGUGUUGGAGCAGGGGCCGGGGUGGUCUCCCUGCGGAUUUUUCUGAUUGUACUAUCACAGAUCAGUGCAUCAAACCUGAUUAUUGCUGACCUGGUUCUCAUUCACACUGUACAGAGAUCUAGCAUGUCUCUCCAAAUGGUUAAUAAAGAUGUCUUAUUACCAACCUUC